AUGAACUCUCGAUGUCAACUGGACUUGACUGACAUGCAGUCAGAGCCAGAUAAAGAUUAUCGAUUCAUUAUGAGUUAUCAAGAUCAUUUAACCAAAUUCACAAUUCUUCGUCCUCUUAAGACGAAGACUGCCGAGGAAGUGGCCUACCAACUCAUAGACAUAUUUUGUUUAUUCGGUGCCCCAUGUAUACUUCAAAGCGACAAUGGUCGUGAAUUCGUAAAUAAAAUAAUUAAAAGUUUGGUCGAUAUGUGGCCUGGAAUGAAGCUUGUUAAUGGUAAACCGCGACAUUCUCAGAGUCAGGGUUCGGUUGAAAGGUCGAACCAAGAUAUUCGUGACAUGCUGGUAGCGUAG